UUAAUAAAAAAAGUGUGUAUAUAAAAGAGGCAUCCACUUCCCAACAUAUCCUUUUCUCCAUUUCACAAGCAAUCAAUUGUGUCUCAGUCUCUCCCCUGCAAUCAUUCUCCAAUUUAAAUUCAAAUAUUCACCCCAAAAUUUACAUGUAUAAAUUGAGAGAGAGGAAUGGGAGUUAGCAGCAGCAACAGACCUCAAAUCCAGAAGAUGGGGACUUUACAGAAAUUCAAGCUCCUCGCCACGCAGUGCGGCGUGGCCCAGAGCCCGACGCGAAGCCCGCGGACGAGCCCGUUGAUCCAGUUCCGCCGCCGCAAACCCACCUUGCUGAUGCUCCUGACCCGGAGCAGCAGUCGCCGCAGUGACCCGCCGGUUCCGAUGCCGCUACCGGAGAAUAUUCCGCCCCAGAGGAACAGUCUGAAGGACCUGUUCGUGUCGUCGCCGCCAUUUGAGUUGAACGACAGGGGGAAGGCGGAGAGUGAGAGAGAUAAGCGGGCAGAGUUGGGUAGUUUGUUGGUAGGUAAAGAAAUUGGUGGAGUUGGACCGGGCUCCCCUAGGCCGGCCUGGACCGGUUUUCGUUACAAGUCGUUACUGAGAAGGGCUUGGCGCCCUGUGCUCGUCACUAUUCCCGAGUAAAUUAAUUAAAUAAUUUAAUCUUCAUAAAAUAUUA